GAUCGAGAAAAGGAUACACGAAGACAAGAUCGAAAAAGAAUGGAUAAUUCCAUUAAGGAUUUAAAAGAUGCAAGAACGUUUUUAUCCGAUAAAUUAAAGUUAUUUUCAAAGGAAAAUGCCAGGAAGGGAAAUCAUGGCCACAUAGAGGAUUCUCAAUGUCAUGAAGAAUCUUAUGGAUCAAGUUCUGACUUAGAUCCCAACAAGAAGGCAAAAACAGAUUCUACAUUUAAUGCCUUAUUUGACGACUAUACUACUGCGGUAAAUGCCAUAAAGUCAAUUCAAGAAAAUAAUGAAUCAGCCCACUCAAA